AUGUGGCAUCUUUGUUUAGUGGGUGAGCUGGAACUUUGCACCCCUUCAUUUCCAGCACGGCACAGUAUUGGUGGUGGUGAUGAUGAUGAUGAUGAUGAUGAUGAUGAUGAUGAUGAUGAUGGUGGUAGUGAUGGUGGUGCUGAUGGUGAUGGUGGUGCUAGGACCCGUAUUUACUCCCCUUUCACCCGACGAUUCUAUUUUAUGGUUAAACGUUAUUACAUGAAUAUACGAGUAAAUAAACGUAGAGUAGAGUUACUUAAACGCUUGAGAAGCAAAAAAGGUUACUUCACUUUGUCUUCCGAAAUUAAUGCCUCUACGAAAAUGUUAUUAAUAUUGUUACAGGUGCGCCGUAGAGCAGGUGGCAUACUUUCUGGAACUAGUCGAAUUAAAAUUAUGAGUUUUCAAGCAACAGCGGCAGCUCAAGUCGAUCCACUUACUGAUAAGGACCAUUUCAAGGCUGGCGGCCACGACAGCAGAUUUGACCAGGAAGCCUUUCUCGGCAAAGAUACUGCUGAAUCAAAGGACGUAGUAAGCAAAGAACGUCUUGCGAAGUUAGUUGCGAAAAUGGACGUAGAUGGUGAUGGCUUCCUGGAAGAAUCUGAACUAAAGGAUCACAUUGAUUUUAUGCAAAAACGAUAUGUAAAUAAUGAUGUUGAUCGAACGUGGAAAAAUUAUAAUGCAGAGAAAGUGAAAGAUGGGAAAAUCUCAUGGAAAGAUUACAUAGAAAUGGUUUAUGGAACAGUAAGCGAAGGGCAAGAGCUGAGUCCUGAAUACCAAAAGAUGGUAACACGCGAUGAAAGAAGGUGGAAAAAGGCUGAUUACGAUUCGGAUGAUAUGCUUGAUCGAACCGAAUAUGGGUGCUUUAUGCAUCCUGAGGACUGCGAUCAUAUGCGCGAUGUUGUUGUCCAGGAGACAGUCGAAGAUAUUGAUAAAAACAAAGAUGGAUUUGUAGAUCUUGAUGAAUAUAUCGGUGAUAUGUACAGACCGGAGGACUAUCCAGAACUGAACGGUAAAGAGCCAGAAUGGGUUGCCAGUGAACGGCAGAUGUUCAAGGAGCAUAGGGACAAGAACGGUGACGGCAAACUAGAUCAAGAUGAAAUGAGGGACUGGAUAAUGCCUAUAGGUUUCGAUCAUGCUGAUGCUGAAGCAAAACACUUAAUCGGUAUCGCCGAUGAAGACAGAGACGGAAAAUUAUCUCUGAAAGAAGUUCUGGAUCAUUACGAUACAUUCGUUGGGUCACAAGCAACUGAUUACGGUGAGCAACUACAUAAACAUGAUCCUGCGGAACUUUAA